AUGGAAGUGCUUUAUGAACCAAAGAAUAACUGCAAGGCCUUCCAGGAUAUUUCUACAUACUUCUCUGAUGAAGAGUGGGGAAAGCUGACUCAAUGGCAGAAAAGUGCCUACGUGUACAUGAAAAGAAACUACAUCAGAAUGACUGACCUAGGGGUCAACGUGAACCAACCAGUUUUCAUGCGUGGCAAGGAGCAGGCCAAGCAAUUCCUGGUUGAAGGCAUUGAAGAUCAUGACAGUGAAGAUGAAUGCUUUGAAGAAUCUUUUGGUGUGACACCGAGAAAACGAAUGAAGCUGACAUCAGUGACAAUAAGUAUUCAUAAUGUAGAAGGAAGCCUUGCCUCUGGAGAGAAUGAUUCCAACUUGGCAGAAACUGAUGGCAUUCAGGUCAAUGUUUGGAGCCACCGGCUGCGAGAGAGGAAGUAUCGAGUGAUAUAUUCAGAGAUUAGUGAUCCUGAAGAGGAAGAAGAUGAUGAUUACUGAACUGGUAAAUGGUCCUCUGACACAUCUCACAACACCCAGAACACACACGUUUCCCAUAUGGUAUUAGACCCUACCUAAUCAUCCACUUCUAGUCCUUUGUGGUGCAAGACUGAACCGUAUGUAAUAUGUCAUGCUUCCUUUACUGCAGUGCUGGGUAGUUUGGAGACCUUCCCUAGCUAGGAUGCUAUGGGCUUCUAAAUCCCAGGUUAUCACUCAAAGUGUAGGCCAUUACUUCCUCUCGUGAGGCAGGCCCAUGCUCUAGAAGAGGGUGUGCUUGUGGGGCAGAGCUCUGAAGCUGGGUGGAAGGAGAGCAUGCAGACUGUGAAGGACAGGUGGAAACAGAGCGCUGAGUAGGUGGUGGCAACUCACUCGCAUUUCUCUUCCUUCUCUUUCUUGUCUCAUCCACAGACAGUUGAAAUAAGCCCACGGUGGAAGAAGGAUGGAGUGGUGAUUCAACAUCACAGCUCCAGCUUUGAAAGACUAAAUAUCAGCAGUAUAGAUACAUACAUUUAUUUAUAUAUUUAUUGAUUAUAUACAUUUAUACCUAUAUUUAUUUAUUUAUAAAAGUCUACUAGAAUUCUGAGUUAAGCAUGUGUCACGUGUUUGUUCUCUUAGCAAUUUUGUAGGAUGUGCCAAACACUGUUAGGAGUAUUUUUCCCUCAUGACAAACAUUUCCUAUUAUUAUUGUCACUGUGUUGAGCCCCACUAGAACUGGUCUUUCUGUGCCAAGUACUCUUUAAGCAUAGAUCUUUGUGUAUGGCAAGCAUCUGGUCAGCACUGUGGGUAGUACAUGCUAAGCACUCUGUUAGUAUUGUCUUACUGUAUGCCAGCCACUCUGGCAGAAGACUAAUGUUUCAAGUAGGCUAAAUGGCUCAGUGAUAAAGGAUGCUGCUGUCAGACUUGAGUUCAAUUUUAAGACCUACAUGGUGGACACAGAGAACUGGCUCCCUCACAGUGUCCAUUGCUAUUCACAACUGAAGGCAUUUGUGGGUACACACACAUACACAUAUAUCCAUGCAUACAAGCACAAAAGAACUCAAUAUACAAUUGAAAAUAUAAUAAGCCUAUCAACAUUCCAUUUAGCAAGGCAUAUACCUAAUGCAUAUUGCUGGCUGCCUGCCCUGUACUCUGAUGAGGAAUCGUGUGUCAGCUAUCAUUGCACUGGAGCACA